AUGGCGUGCAGUAAAUACGAGGUUGGGUAUGAAGACAAUCGCUUCGAGAUUGUUGUCAGUCAAAGAUUUCACUGCCCCAUUUGUUUUCUGGUUCUUAAAGAUCCCGUUAUGUGCAAGAACGAGCACUACUAUUGUUCUUCAUGUAUGAAAAAGCAUUUGGAAAACUCCUCGUUCUGUCCGACGUGUCUUGAACACCUCAGUGUCGACACACUAAGACCAGCUUCGAGGAUUGUCAAUGAUUAUAUAUCUGAGCUGAAUAUUCAUUGUGAUUUCUACCCCAGAGGAUGCCCUGAAAUGGUUCAAGUUGAACAUCUCAAACGUCACGUUGCAAGUUGUGGAUUCUCUCCCGUGCAAUGUUCGAAUGAUGGAUGUAAUGUUCUCGUGAAUGCCAGUGACAAGCUUCACCAUGAAACUGAAAUAUGUGAUUUUAGAAAAUUGAAAUGUCAUGACUGUGGCCAACUCAAGAACGAAGUGAAAGAAGUGAAAGAUCAAAUAAAGAAUGAAAUGAAAGGGAUGAAAGAAGAAAUGAAAAGUGAAAUAAAGAAUGAAGUGAAAGAGGGGAUGAAAGAAAUUAUUGAUUAA